AUGCGUUUCGGAUCGCAGAUCGCCUGGCUUCUUGUUGCGGGAGGGGCCCUGUCCUCGGCCGCCAGCAGCUCCAACUGCUCUCUCACCUCUAGUGACACAGACGUCCUCGAGUACACCUGGGCACUUUCCAGCUUCCUGAACUCGUUCUACGAAACCGUUCAGCUCAACUCAAGCGUUGCCUCCUUGGUUUCCAACAGCACCAGCAGCUCAAAGGCUCUCGCGAACCUCGAAGGAAUUGUUCACGCCGACAACCUGACUGCCGAGGCCGUGAGAGAGCUCAGCUCCAAGGCUCCCGACUUCACGGAGCCCUCAUGCCAAUACACCUACCCUUCCAUCAGCGGCAUCCAGUCGUUCAUCAAGUACGCCUACCAAUUUGAGUCCACCCUCAGUGGUGCUUUCAUUGGUGCCGCUGGCUACACCAACUCACCCGAGGUCGCCUUUUUGCUUGCUCGCCUCGCCGCUGAACAUUCUGCUCACGCUACCUGGAUUGGUAGCCGUGUCAACUCGUCCAUGUUCCAGGCAAAUGCCACCUCUUUGGUCCCCGCAUACGCCCCCAGCCAGGUCCUUCUGAAAGGAAAUGAUACUGGUAGUCUGGGAGCGUACCUCGGCGACUGCGUCUCUGCACCGAAGAACCCAUGUGGUGUUCUUCAGAUCGGUCCCCUGGAAGCGAACAUUACAUCCAGCUCAGCAGCAGCCUCCUCAUCCACCCCCAAGAGCUCUUCCUCUGUCCGUCUGAGCAGCAGCGCCUCUGCCUCUGCCACUGCCACCUCGAAUUAG